AAAACAUUUGAAACAUUCAGUCAACAACUCGUGCAAGUUUUCGUAGUUCACAACAUUUUGGUUUUAUACGUGUGUGUUUUUAAAGAACGCAGCAAAACUUAAACGACAAUUGGUAACAAUUUAAAAAAAAAGAACCAAAUACAGAAGAAAAACAAAAAGGAAAACUGUGCCCGCGUUUUUUAUUUGUGUCAAUACAAUGUUGGAGUUUUAUCCAAUGCCCACGAAUCUGAAUCAGGUCGGUGGCAGUUUGUAUUCGCUGCAGCAGAAUCAUGGCGGUGCACGAUUCCUGGACAGUCCGAGUGUAAACAGCAACAUGACAACUGCCUGUUUGGCCAACAACAACAACAACAACACCAGCAACAGCAACAACAAUAAUGUACAUAACAACAGCAACAACAAUUUGGCAGCAAGCAUUUCCGGCAGCAGCAGCAGCAGCCAGCAUUCAACAGCAACAGCUUCAUUAACGGCAACCGUAAUUUCCUCUCAGCAUCAACAACAACAACAGCAACACCAACACGCUGUCUCUCCAACACCAAUUAACAGCUGCCCAACGCCCACAGGUCACAGUCCCAGCAGCAGCAACAGCAGCAGCAGCAACAACAACAGCAACAACAACAACAACAAUAAUAAUAACAAGAGCCAAAACUCCGCCUGCAACACAUUAACAGCUGCUUCUGCUGCUGCUACCGCAACAACAGCAACUGGAGCCGGCACAACAACAACAUCAGCAGCAGCAGCAGCAUCAGCAGCAGCAGCAGCAACAGCAGCAGCCACGGCAGCGGCAGUGACGGCGUCGACGUUGACGCUGGCAUCAGCAUCGAAAUUGUCUGCUGAUUGCAGUGGACGCACAGAAGUCGGUCACAUCAAGUGCGAGAAGAACUACGAGCUGUGCGAAGGAUGCGGCCAGAAAAUCCACGAUCGUUAUCUGAUGAAUGUGGGCGAUGCCAAUUGGCACGAGCAGUGUUUGGCCUGCUGCUACUGUGGAUUGCAGUUGCAUCACACCUGCUAUGUGCGCAACUCGAAGCUCUACUGUAAGCAGGACUACGAUCGCCUCUUUGGUGUCAAGUGCGCCGCCUGCUGUCAUGCGAUCCUGCCGCAGGAGCUGGUGAUGCGUCCCAUAUCCAACUAUGUAUUCCAUCUGCCCUGCUUCGUUUGCUAUGCCUGCCGGCUGCCCCUCCAGAAGGGGGAGCAGUUUAUGCUGCGCGACGGACAACUCUUCUGCUAUCGCCAUGAUUUGGAAAAGGAGAUGUUUCUGGCGGCGGCUGCUGCCCAGCAUUGCGGAUUUGUUGGCCUCGAUGAGGAGGAUCUGCUGCGGCCAAGGGAUGGCAGACGUGGACCCAAACGACCACGCACAAUUCUCACCUCGCAGCAGCGCAAGCAGUUCAAGGCCUCCUUUGACCAGUCACCCAAACCGUGUCGCAAGGUGCGCGAGGCACUGGCCAAGGACACUGGGCUGUCGGUGCGUGUGGUGCAAGUUUGGUUCCAGAACCAACGGGCCAAGAUGAAGAAGAUACAGCGCAAGGCGAAACAGAAUGGAGGCGGUACGGGUGGAACUGGCAAUGGGCGUGGCAACAGCAAUGCAAACGCCUCCGAUGACAAGGACUCGAGUGAGAAAGAGGAGAAGUGCGUCAAACAGGAGCAUGGCGUCGACAAUGUGAACUUCCUGAGUGGCAUGGAUAGCGCCUUUGCCAGUCAGCCACUUAAUCCAAACUUGCCCUUUUCUCCGGAUGCAGAUUAUCCGGCCAAUUCGAAUGACAGUUUCUGCAGUUCCGAUCUCUCGCUGGAUGGCAGUAAUUUCGAUCAGCUGGAUGACGAUGCCGAUUCCCUGUCGCUGAAUAAUCUGGAGCUGCAGUCGACCAGUUCGUCGGGACAUCACAAUCAGCACUCGAAUCCGCACGAUAUGCUGGCCAAUCUGAAUACGAGCCUUAUCAAUCCCAUCGACAAGCUGUAUCUCAUGCAGAACUCCUACUUCAGCUCCGAUCACUAGAGAGAGAAAGAGAGAGAGAGAAGUUGGGAGUGAGAGAGGGAGAGAGAGUCGUAGUCAUACGAAUUUAUUAGCGUUAGAGUUGCUGGCUUUAGUUGGGAGCGCAACUGCUGCUAGGCACUGUAACUCCUUGGGCUUUGCAACUAAGUAAUUACCAUUACCAGCCAAUCGGCUUUUUGGCAAAGUUGAGAUUUUAAGGAAAACCAAAAAUAAAAAGUAAUAAAAAAUGAAAAGUUAUCAAUUGUGAUUUUUAAGCUAAACGAAGUUUUAAGAACAAAUUGCAUUACAGCGAUAUAAACGAGACGUAAUGCAUAAAUUAUUGUUAGUUCGAAGAUAAGUACAUAAGUAGUAGAAGCCAAAAGAUGAAAUCAAUGUGAGCCUAUGUUUGUAAAUAGUCUUAGUACCAAAAAUUGUUAUAAAAAUGUAAUUUAAA